AAUAUAAAAGAAAAAAAAUAAAGAUAAAAAUGUACAAAGUGAUUAAUAAUCCUGUCCUCAAAUAAAAUAGACACCUACGUUUAUAAAUAAAUAAUAUAUAAAAAAAAAUAAAAAUAAAAAGCAAUAUAAAAUAAUCAUACGACGGCGCUUCAGAGGAACCCUCUCUCCUUUCAUUCCGUAAAACCCCUAUUUUUCUCUCUGUGUUUUCUGUCAUCCAAACCAGUUGCCACCGCUCUCUCUCUACCCUCUCUCUCUAAACAGGUAUCCCAUUUCUCCGCCAAUAAAUCCAUGAUGUUGUUUUCUAGGGUUUCCUCUCGGCUUUCGAGGAGUGUCUUGGCUCAGUCCCGGAACUCCUUGCUCUUCAGCGCUCGUCACCAACACCACCACAUUCCGAUCCCUUCCAAUCAGUUUCACUUGCUCAGUGAUUCUCAAAACAAGUUGAUUACUGGUAAGGUGUCUCUAUUACAUCAUUCAAUCCCCAGUACAUUUGGCUUCCAACGAUUUCGAAUCUCAUCGUCUGCCACUGAAGAAGAGAAUGCAAAAUCAAGUGGAGAUACUGAAGUUGUUGAUCAAACACAAGCAUCCGCUUCGGGACAGGAGAAAACUCCUGAUCAGAAAGAAGAAUCAGGUUCUAAUUCAGAAUCGCUUUCUAACAUGCCCAACUUCGGCACAAGGAGAAGAGUUACUAAACGAACUGCAUUUUCUGAUUCAGAUUCUUCUGAUUCUGAUGAAGACUUGUCCAUUGAGGAUCUGGUGAAACUUGUGGCGGAGAAGGAAGAACUGCUAAAGUUAAAGCACAAGGAGAUUGAGAACAUGCAAGAUAAAGUUCUAAGGAGUUAUGCAGAGGCGGAGAAUGUCAUGGAAAGGACAAGACGUGAAGCUGAGAACUCAAAAAAAUUUGCCAUACAGAACUUUGCAAAGAGCUUAUUGGAUGUUGCAGAUAAUCUGGGGAGGGCUUCUUCUCUUGUAAAAGAGAGUUUUUCAAAGAUUGAUGCAUCUAAAGACACCUCUGGAGCUGUGCCCCUUCUUAAAACACUUCUGGAAGGCGUUGAAAUGACUGAAAAACAGCUUGCAGGGGUGUUCAAAAAGUUUGGAGUGGAAAAGUUUGAUCCUACAAAUGAGCAAUUUGAUCCUAACAGUCAUAAUGCAGUAUUCCAAGUACCAGAUGCUUCUAAGCCUCCUGGCACCGUAGCUGUUGUUUUGAAGGCUGGAUACAUGCUCUAUGAUAGAGUUAUUCGGCCAGCUGAAGUCGGUGUGACUGUGGAACUGGAAAAGGACAAUAAGGAGGAAGGCCAAGGAUCAGAAGCUUGAAGGAAUGGCCACGAAGGAUGCCUGCUGGAUGAUAUUAGAAAAUUUUGCGUCUGUUUGUGAGAGAUUGAGUUAGUUCUUCCCAGGUUAGAUAAGCUUUAGGUAACCUUUUUAUUGCAAAGGAUGGAACUACUACUUUUAUUUUUUUUUUUAUUAUUAUUAUUUUUUUUUUCGCUUUUCAGUUUAUUAUUGUCACUUUAUAAAUAUGUUGCCAACAUUUACAUCAUAAAAUUAUAAAAACAGUUUUGAUUAUGGUA